GUCACUGUCAAGUGGUGCCAGUUGUGUUGCAUAGGUUGUGUUUCUGUUUCGUGUCGUCAAGUGAUAAAAUCAGCCAGUUUUUGGAUUGGCUUGGUUGGUUUGUUAGUGCUAGUGAUUAUUUCGGUGAUAUUAUUUUCCAUUACUCCUGUUGAUAUUUAAAGCUAUUAGGAUAAUUAGUAUCAGAGUCCUGACAAUGUGCGGAUCUGUAUGUAUCCAAGGUGAUUAAGAUUAGUGGCGUACAAUUUAAUUCUAGUUACUACGUAUACGUUUUGGACUGCUUUAAGGUUAAAGAACGAGCUGCAACAUGGAAGACUCCACUAAAUACCAGCAGAUGCAGGACGAAAUGUCCAGCUUGGUGAACAGCAACAUAUUCAAGAAACAAGAAGUUGAGCAUAGGUUUGAGGCGGAGAUCUCAGGCAGUGAUGCUGGAGUCGGGGUUGUUUCACGUGCCGUGAUUGGUGCGGCAACAUUUGGUGCAGUGCAGCAACAGUUGGAGAGAGCCAAUGCACCUCUGAUUCCUCCAUUUGACAUGACCAUGAUGUACCCCACAGUACCACCUCCACCACCACCACCUUCCAUCAUGGUGCCCUCGCAGGUACGGAUGCGUCCAACCACGAGUAGCGAUGUGUUUCCUGUCGCUCCGGCUCUCACGUUCCUGCGGCCGGGUCUGCCGGGACCUCAGCUAAUUCCACCGCCUCCACCAAAGCCACAACCUGUAGUGCUCUCUGCAGCACCCAAACUGUACAAGCAACCUAAAGAAGAUGAUGAAAAGAAGGAGAAAGAAAGUCGAAAGAGGAAGCGCACCCCGCCCCCUCCGCCGCCUCGACCUGAGCCGGUGGUAGAGCCACCGCCAGUAGCUCCACCACCACCUACAAUUAGCAUACCAGACACCAUCGCUAAACCCAAGAAAGAAAAGAAGAAUAGAAAGGUUGUCAGAACUGCCGGAGGUCAAGUUUGGGAGGAUGUGACACUGCUGGACUGGCCUGAUGAUGAUUUCCGUAUGUUCUGCGGCGAUCUCGGAAAUGAUGUCACAGAUGAACUAUUAACAAGAACCUUCAGUAAAUACAGUUCGUUCCAGAGAGCGAAAGUGAUAAGAGAUAAAAGGACAAAUAAAAGCAAAGGGUUCGGGUUCGUCAGCUUUAAGGAUCCUGGUGACUUCAUCAAGGCUAUGAAGGAGAUGGAUGGUCGUUACGUUGGCAGCAGACCGAUCAAGCUAAGGAAAAGCACAUGGCGAGCACGCAGCUUAGACGUUGUAAGAAAGAAGGAGAAGGAAAAGGCAGCCCUCCUCUCUCUACUCAUGUCAGGCAACAAAAGCUGACAACACUGAUAACUUUAAUUAUCUGUUACCUUCAGGGUUGCCAUGUGAAAAUUUUAGAUAGCGCAAGUUAAAAAGCUUAUUUAUGUAAUGACCAUGGUCAAAUUAAAAUUAGCUGUUGAGCAAUACUCCUGUAAAUGUGCGACCCUAAGAUUAUUUCGUAUUUGUAUUAGGAAUGGACUAUAUUUGUGAAAAUGAACUGCAAUACUUUAUCUAGGUUAGGGAAAAAUUCCAGCCAUGUACCUAUUGAUGCUAGGAUGUUCACAGUACUUUAGACAGUUGAUUCUUGUAUUUUUUGUAUAGCUUUGUAUGCAAUAAUAGGCAAAUGUGGAAAGUUGUUGAUAGAUAAGCUUGAUUUUGACCAAAAAAAAAAAACAAAACUUGGCCUAAACGUAAGCAUCCACACGCCCGCAUUCCGUAUGACGUCAUCGGUACGCAUCGCAUGAAGGCAUUGCCGAUGAUGCAGUCCAUACGGAACCAUGCGAAUCAAUGGACGCUGUUGUAUGAGUUUCUAUACAAGACAAACUAAAAUCCGUUGCAUGCGAUGCGUACGAUACGGGCCUGUGGACGCUUACCAUGACCCGUCCCUGCCUGCCAUGGCUCAUAAGAAAUAAACCGUCUUUUUAGGUACAUUUAGAUUGUCGGCUACAGCUGACUGUGGCAGUGAAAAGUAUAAUAAUACCAAUGUCAGUACUAAGGUUGUCUGUCCACCAGAGGGGAGUAAGUUAGCGGAAUGCAUAAAAUCUGUCCACUAAACAGGAGCGGAGAUUUUGUGUAAUCCUUUUGCUUUAGUAUAGAACUCCUAGUUAACUAUAAUCGAAUUAUUGGUAACUUAUUCAACAACUCUCCACAUUUAAGACUAUUUUCUCAGUUAAAAACAAAACCAUUUACAACUAGUGUACUAAGUAUGUUCUUCUAGUUUUGAUUUCAAUAAAUAAAUUAGUCUUAUAACAA